CACGGUCAUAACAACGAAAGAACAGCGGCGCAAAAACAAACAGUGAAAGCCAGUAGCGAAAAGGGGAUCUCUGCAUAUUCAGUUUAUAUUCUUUUCCUUUAAUCAAGGCAUGGAUCCUUCAAAGCAAGAAACAAACCAGAAUAAACCCUCUAAAACAUCGGCAAAGAAGGACACCCAAGAAGCACAAUUCGUUGUUUACAAUACCAUGACUCAGCAAAAAGAGGUUUUCAAGCCCAAAAUCCCUGGAAAGGUUUGCAUGUAUGUCUGUGGUGUCACUGCCUAUGAUUUCAGUCACCUCGGACAUGCUCGUGCCGCUGUUUCCUUUGAUGUACUUUACAGGUACCUUCAACACUUGGGUUAUGAUGUUACUUAUGUCAGGAAUUUUACUGAUGUUGAUGAUAAGAUAAUUCGCCGGGCGAACGAGACUGGGGAAGAUCCAAUAAGUUUGAGCGGCCGAUUCUGCAAAGAAUAUAAUGUAGAUAUGAGUGACCUGCAGUGUCUUUCUCCAACACAUGAGCCACGCGUUUCUGGUCACAUUGAGCAAAUCAAAGAAAUGAUAACCCAGAUUAUAAACAAAGACUUCGGAUAUGUGGUUGAUGGGGAUGUGUUUUUUGCUGUUGAUAAGUUCCCAAAUUAUGGCAAGUUAUCUGGACAGAAGCUGGAAAACAAUAGAGCAGGUGAACGUGUUGCUGUUGACUCAAGGAAGCGCAAUCCUUCUGACUUUGCAUUAUGGAAGGCCUCGAAGCCUGGUGAACCAUAUUGGGACAGCCCAUGGGGACCUGGACGACCUGGGUGGCACAUAGAAUGCAGCGCAAUGAGUGCACAUUAUUUAAGCUUCAAAUUUGACAUUCAUGGUGGUGGGCUUGAUUUGAUUUUCCCUCACCAUGAAAAUGAAAUUGCUCAGAGUGGCGCUGCAUGCGAAGAGAGUGAUGUAAGUUAUUGGAUGCACAAUGGGCAUGUUACUAAUAACAAUGAGAAGAUGUCUAAAUCAUUAGGGAACUUUUUCACAAUUCGCCAGAUUACCGAAAGAUAUCAUCCACUGGCUGUGCGAUACUUCUUGAUUAAUGCUCACUAUCGUUCUCCUCUCAAUUACUCCGUUGUUCAGUUGGAAGGUGCAUCAGAAGCUAUUUUUUACAUAUACCAGACUUUGCAAGAUUGUCAAGAUUCUCUAUCACAACUACAAGAAGAAAUCCCCAAUGAUGGCAAACCGGCUCGGACUACUCCGGAUGCCAAGGAGUGCAUUAGCAAGCUCCGAAAUGAGUUCCAGACAAAAAUGUCAGAUGACUUGAGCACUUCACUUAUAUUGACUGGAGCCUUUCUAGAAGCAUUGAAGUUGGUAAACAAUUUGUUGACCAUGUUAAAGAAGAAGCAGCAAAAGCAGCAAAGGUUAUUGGUAAUUCAAUCCCUUGUAGAGGUCAAGAAAGAAGCUACAAAAGUUUUGGAUGUCCUUGGAUUGCAGCCACCUUGCUCUUAUAACGAGGUUUUGAUGCAAUUAGAGGAGAAAGCAUUAACGAGAGCCGGGUUGGUGGAAGAUGACGUGAUUCGUGUAAUUAAUGAAAGAGCUGAAGUGAGGAGAAACAAAUACUUUUUGAAAAGUGAUCAGAUGAGAGCUGAGCUACAAGCAAAGGGCAUUGCACUCAUGGAUGUAGGAACGGAAACAAUCUGGAGACCCUGCAUUCCUGUUCAACAAGGACCGGAGGUAGUGCGAUCAGGAGACUGCGGCCAGGUCCCUCCCGAGCCCAAAACUGCAUAAGAAUGCAUACCUUGAUUUGCUGUGAUGAAGGCCAUUCAUAGACGGUUUUGAUUCAUAAUUUAUAAAAUGCAGGUCUUCCCUAAUGUAACCUAAUAAAGAUGUGUGAUGCUACAUGGGGUACAUUUGUUUCUAUUUGCAGCCCUUUGGCUGCGUAGACAGUGAGCCAGAUUCUUGCUUUCCUUUGCUGAUAGAAUAUACAUUUAACAGAACAUUGAAAAGAACUUGUUUUAACUUGUA